AUGCGCGACAAUGGAAGUUACUUCCUAGGACAUCGAUUUGACAUUUCUCGCCGGUCAAUCAGCCUGUGGCUUAUCGAUUUUAAUCUAGUUCGAGAAGAGGUUGAAGGCAACCGACCAUUCUCUUACGAGCCUACUGGAUUGGUUCAAUCCGUUCCAUUCUUCUUCAACUCUCAAUUGCAGGUUUAUACGCACAGCGGAGAGGUCUUUGGGAUGUUGAACUGCGGCGACAGACGAAAGGGCAAAAUCAACUCAUCAUGUAUAUUUGAUAUUUUCAAGGAUAUCAAAGACCUCACUGGCGCCGCCGAGGUGAGGAUUGCCCCAUGUCCAACCUGA